GAGGAUGGCUUGUUUCGUUGUGAGAUAUGUGGGAAAGGUUUUACCCGUAAGUAUCAUAUGCAGCGUCAUGUUAAACUACACACCCGCGGACCAAUACCGAAAGCUCACCUCCUUGACUGGACUCGUAGACCAUAUGCAUGUGGUGUGUGCAAAAUGGGCUUCACGCGCCAGCACCAUCUGACCCGACACAUGUUAAUACACACAGGUGAAAGGCCUCACUCAUGUCAUGUUUGUGGCAAGGCUUUUCGCCGCUACACCAAUCUCUCCCUUCAUGUUCGCACUGUGCAUGGUGCAGAACGGCCCUUCAAGUGCCACAUAUGUGGCCGGGGUUUCCCUAGGCUCUACAGCCUACAACGUCACUUGAAGCUACAUGCCAAGAAUGCUGCUAGUAUAGCACAGGCCGCAGAUGAGCAAAUGUACAAAGACUUUAAACCAGUUGGUACUGUCAAUUUAGAAAACUUAAACACUCUUAAGUCUCCAGCUUAUGGUGCCGGGAAUGCUGAAGCUACAAGACCAUCACCUGGUCACAGUCGUGAAUCAUCUUCAGACCACUCUGACGACAGUGAAAGGUACGACCAUGAGUCUGAUCACCAUGAAGACAACAUGGGGAACAUUGAUCCAGAUGGUCACAGUGGCAGUCCCCUUCAGGAACACAGAGUCUACAACCAAACUCAAGGAGACGGCUUCAACCCACAGCAGUCUUCUCAACCUGCAAAUCAGUCUGCCAUUAACAGCCAAAACAGCAGCUCAUCGCAACACAGCCAAGGCACAGCUCGGAUAAACCAACAAAACUCCAGGCCUGGCUCCCAUGAGCAGGAAAUAAUGAAUCAAGCCAACAGAAUUUCAAGACAUGAGGUGGAAGGGAUGAGGCGGCCAACCCCUAUUCACAACCAAGGAGGUAGCGACUACAACUCAGCCUCUGUCAUGCAGACAAGUAAUAAUGAAAGGUACAACACCCCGACCUCAAUUCCCAAUCAAAAUAUUCGGAAUAUUGAUAUGCCUGUAAGUCUGGCCAAUUUCAGUGAAAUUGACAUGCGGAGAGAAGCUAGCGUCUAUUCACUGAGUCAGAGGGGAAAUGCUGAUGGGUUUAACGUACAUCAGCAGAGAAUUCAGAGCCCCCAUCCAAUGAUGACAAACUUAGAGCGUCCUGGAAGUCGCGGUAUGAUGACACAGCAGGGAACGCCAGAUGGUUUCCAUCACAAUCCAUCUGGCUUCACCCAGCAGCAGGUUCCAUUGCCAGCUCAACAGCGGGUCAGCAUGGAUCUUUCAGCCACACGCAACACCAUGAGCCCUGUUGGGAUACGUGACCCCAGCGUAUACCAUCACAUAGAUAUGGGCGGCAGUCGAGGUGGCAUGAAUGAUCCCCCCGCCUACCCCCACCCUCACACUAUAGGCAGCUUGCCAUUCACCAGCUUGUAUCAGCAGCAGCAACUCACAGAUAAUCUAAACCACAUGGAACUUCACCCCAACCCUGCUGCAAGCCCAAUGCCUGUCAAUACACACAAUACCAACAUACAGUAUUGAUCAUUGGGGUCAGGUACAUACAGACAGCAUCUGUGUCAGGAUCUUAAAAAGUAUUAUUCUAAAAAUAGACCCAUUGUUUCAUAAGGAAUUAUUAUGUGCUAUUUUUCUAAGUGCGAAGACCUUAAUUAUACACCUGCAAUUCAUGUUUACAUUACGGGUGUGAUGUUGAAAUUAUGAUUUUUAAAGAUAACUGCACUCCAUUGCUGUCUACUUGUUUACACUAAGGACUAGCUAGCUGGAACCACAAGAACCUAUCUGUUACUAGCAAUGUUUUUUUGUGUGGUAAUUUUGCACUCGACUAUAACAUUUAAUCUGCAUAUCAAAAUAUCAAAGAUGAAUCAAUUUGAGUCAAAUGGUGUUAGUGCUUCUCAUUUACAUUUCUGAAUUGAUUAUACAUUGGCGCAAGGGUCCCAAGCCAAUCAUGGAAUAGCUGUCUGAGGCCCCUAUUGAAGUUUUAAGGAUUUACUGUUGUAAACAUACCUGUUUUUAAAUUGGCAUUUCUCAAAGGAAUAUCGUUGACCAGUUUUCUCCUUAAAUUAAUUGGAUCCACAGCAUUAGAUUCACAUGAAACAUUUGGUUUCUUUGGUAGCUUCUACUAAUUUUUUUAUUGUACUGAUGUGAAGUGGAUAGUAAGAUUAGCAUUGGACAAGUUUAUUGUCUUUAUGCAAAAAGCAUAGCGAUAUUAAUACCCUACAACUGAUACCAGGUAGUUAGAUACAGCCCAUAGCUCAUUGCGGAUUUUAUAUAAAUUAAGCCGCUUGUUUGUUGGUUAUAUGUAAUCACUUUAUAAUUAGGGCAGUAUAAAUGUCCACAAGUAAGCAUUCAAAUAUUUUGGUCUGGAAAUAAAAUACUUUAUGUUGUCUAAAUGAAAAGUUUGUGUUUAUGUGGUAACUAGGGUUGUUGUAGCCAUUAGUUAUAUUUGGGUCCAUAUGGUAAUAAAUUCAAGCUCUUCAAAAAGUAUACAUAAAAUUUUGUGUGAG